AUGGAGACGCCUACACAGAUGCAGCGACAAGGUCUGCCCUUUGUCUCGGAACUUCGAGAAGUACUGGACGAUCUUGAUCGCAAAUUGGAGGUAUACCGCAAGGGCCUUGUGGCUGAUUUUGGGCAUCGAUAUCAGCAAACACUGGGCGACGUUGAGCCUUCUCUCGCACGCGAGGUCAACCAGUCUCUUGCGCUCAGUGUCGACGCCGACUAUCCCGGUUUGGCGCCCGACCUCAAGACCUGGCUCAUUCAGCAAGGUGCCAGCCGCGAGCAGCCGCUCGAUUCUGAUGCUGACAUAGCCUCCACGCGGCCUGAGCUUGUUAAUACGAGCUCGUCGCACCCGCCAUUGAGUGACCUGGACCUGGAUCAGGACAGGCACCAGCUAGUGAGCGCAGGAUCCCCGCUGUCUCCGAGCGCGGCCUUCGGCGCUGCUCUAACGCCAACGGGCGCAACUCUGUCGUCGGGCGAUCCUCAUGAGCGUGAAAAGGAAUUCCAAGGCCUCUUCACUCCGUUUUUCCUGCCAUUGCUUGACAGUUCAGGCCCCAUCAACAACCACCUACAGCCACUUACAUCAUCACUGCCGACAAUCGCUACCAGUCCUUCUCUCAGCCAGACAGACGAUGCUGCCAAUGGCAUAAGUAACGAUUUAUCGAUAAGCGUCAAGAAGGCCAAUGAAGUAACGGCCCAUCGCCUGCAGGGUCAAGACAUGGAGGGGCCAAGCGAUACCGGGGGUAUCAGGCGAGCCUUGUCGGACUUACAGCCAGAAGCAAGGCUGAGCUCGUCGUCGUCGCCGCCUCUUACCCGACCUAUCCACGGGCGUUCAGCUACCGACGACACAAUAUCCUCGACAUUAUCAUCGGCCCUCUCAGACAGGAGUGACAGCACGACCGCACGGCGAAGCGCACUGCGCCGAUCUUCGAGUGUUUCCAAGCACAAUCACCAAAGUCCACGACGUGUGCGCUUCGAGUUCAAGGGCGUGGAGAUCCUCCCGACCGCUUCGCCGCAGCCUUCCGACUACCUUACCCCCGGACCAUCCUCACCUGUCAAUGCAGACCAGCCACGCUCCUUUGAUGAGAUUGUGGGAGACAACGCUACUGGCGAGCAAGAAGAGCCCACAAAGCCGGUGCCGCCCCGCAAGAUAUCGUCUUCAGAGGCCCUCCGAGCAAUGUCCAGGACGCCGCUGGACGAAGGUACGGUUUGGACAUUGGUGAAUUCAGAUUCCGAUAAUCGGGGCGACGAAAUAAUCGACCAGACGCUCAAUGUAUCUGCGGCAGGGACAAUGGAGGCCAAGACGUCAUCUGUCGAUCCGCCAGACACCGGGGUCCAUAGCGUUUCCUCUGCUCCCGACGCCAAUGCUACCGAAGAGGGCUUCAGGGUCGAGCCUCAGAGCGAUGACUCCUCUGACGAGGAUUUCUUGUCCAUUGGAAAGUCUAGGUCAUUUGAGGGGAAGAGGCCAGUGAAGCAGAUGAAGACGUCCAUACCGGCGUCUCCCUCCAGAAGGGCAGCGGUCCCGACGCCAGAACCAUCGGCUGGUCAGGAGGCGCCCAAAUUUUCCGAAGAAGAAAGAGACGAGAAGGACCACACAUCAUCGGAAGAUUACGAAGCCGAAGAGGAAGAUGACAUGUUCUAUUUCGAGGGUGGACGUGGCCUCAGUGCCCCUCCUCGACCUCGGCGUCGUCCACCUCCUCUCCAAAACGAUGAACCCGAACCGUCGUCACCAGAGCGCGACAAUGAACCUGUGCGCACCCCACAAGUGGCUUCGCCAGGUGUCCCCAUUGCGAGAUCAGCGGGCUCGGGGCCGGCUACGCCGACCACCUCGCGCUUCCAGGUUGGAUCUCUGGGAUCGUACAAAGGCCGGCCUGUGGUGAUGCCGAUUGUCAAGAACCCCGAGCUGCAUGCCCAAGCUGAAACACUGGGCGAGUUCGACACAUUUGUUGGUGGCGUGGAAGAAGGCCAACUAUACAGCUACCGCGCCAGUCUGGUUCAAAGCACGUUUACCGGAGAGCCUCGCAGCUUAUCAGAGCGAAUGAUGGUGGAAGAUGCGCGAGAAGGGACAGGACAAAGUUCGUAG